AACCGCGCUCCGAGAUGUCCCUCCGCCCGCAGCGCGGCCGUGACCCCCGCCGGUCCUGCCAGGGCCGUGGGCCGGGCUAACUGCAGCUCCCUGCACAUUCCUUGGUUCUCAGAACUGGGCCUCCCUCCGCCCCACAGUGUGGAGACCUUUCCUGCCUCCUCUCCUCCCUUCCCGACACCCAGCCUCCACGUCCCCGGGCCGGAAGGUCUGUUCCGAACCGGGCGGACCUACAGAAAUACUAAGUUUUCCCGUUUCCGCACCACCCCACCCCCAACACACACACACCGCAGCCACGGAGGGUCCCAAGGAGAUUUCUCAAAGCCCCUUAGGACGCAGCAGUGGCCAGCACCAGGGGUCGUCUUACUUACCCUGUCAGAUCACCGCCUGGGGAGCCUGCCAGAGUCCCAUUCUGCAACUGGGGAAACUGAGAUCCAGACAUGUCCUUUCGCAAAGUGGUUCGGCAGAGCAAAUUCCGGCAUGUGUUUGGCCAACCGGUCAAGAAUGACCAAUGCUACGAGGACAUCCGCGUGUCCCGUGUUACCUGGGACAGCACCUUCUGCGCAGUCAACCCUAAGUUCCUGGCAGUAAUUGUGGAAGCCAGUGGUGGGGGUGCCUUCCUGGUGCUUCCCCUGAACAAGACAGGCCGCAUUGACAAGGCCUACCCAACAGUGUGUGGGCACACAGGACCUGUCCUGGACAUCGACUGGUGUCCCCACAAUGAUGAAGUCAUUGCCAGCGGCUCAGAGGAUUGUACAGUCAUGGUGUGGCAGAUCCCGGAGAAUGGGCUGGCCUCCCCGCUGACAGAGCCAGUGGUGGUGCUAGAAGGGCACACCAAGCGUGUGGGCAUCGUGACCUGGCACCCCACAGCCCGGAACGUGCUGCUCAGUGCAGGCUGUGAUAAUGUGGUGCUCAUCUGGAAUGUGGGCACAGCGGAGGAGCUGUACCGCUUGGACACCCUGCACCCUGACCUCAUCUACAAUGUCAGCUGGAACCGCAAUGGCAGCCUUUUCUGCUCAGCUUGCAAGGACAAGAGUGUCCGCAUCAUUGACCCCCGCCGGGGCACCCUGGUGGCAGAGCGGGAGAAAGCCCAUGAGGGGGCCCGGCCCAUGCGGGCCAUCUUCUUGGCAGAUGGCAAGGUGUUCACUACGGGCUUCAGCCGCAUGAGUGAGCGGCAGCUGGCACUCUGGGACCCAGAGAACCUCGAGGAGCCCAUGGCCCUGCAGGAACUAGACUCCAGCAACGGGGCCCUGCUGCCCUUCUACGACCCCGACACCAGUGUGGUCUACGUCUGUGGCAAGGGCGACUCCAGCAUCCGGUACUUUGAGAUCACAGACGAGUCCCCCUAUAUCCACUUCCUGAACACGUUCACCAGCAAGGAGCCCCAGAGGGGCAUGGGCAGUAUGCCCAAGAGGGGCUUGGAGGUCAGCAAGUGUGAGAUUGCCCGGUUCUACAAACUGCAUGAGCGCAAGUGUGAGCCCAUUGUCAUGACUGUGCCAAGAAAGUCUGACCUCUUCCAGGAUGAUCUGUACCCCGACACAGCUGGGCCUGAAGCCGCUCUGGAGGCGGAGGAGUGGGUGAGCGGGCGGGAUGCAGACCCCAUCCUCAUCUCACUGCGGGAGGCCUACGUGCCCAGCAAACAGCGGGACCUGAAGGUCAGCCGGCGCAACGUGUUAUCGGACAGCCGGCUCGCCAGCUCCACCCGCCCAGGGUCCUCCAUAUCUGCUGUUGCCAUUGCUGAUGCCACUUCUGGUGGCAGCCUUGUUGGGGCUGGGGAGGCCGGGAAGCUAGAGGAGGUGAUGCAGGAGCUGCGGGCACUGCGGGCCAUGGUCAAGGAGCAAGGGGAGCGCAUCUGCCGCCUGGAGGAGCAGCUGGGCCGCAUGGAGAAUGGGGACGCAUAGGACCACACCAGCGAUGCCACUCCCCCACCCCGUCCCCUCCUCCUCCUUCACCCCUUUUCACUCAGCUUCUGCUGGCAGGUCAUAGCAGGUCACUGGCUGCCAAGGGACUCUGGGGCAGGUCAGGGGCCAGCUCCCAUCCCGACCACUGCCUGGCUAUUGUCAUUGUUCCUGUGGAGGGUUUUUGUACCAAGGCAAGCUCGCUUGUCCUCUGAGGGACCAUCUGCCCCACCCGCUCACUCCCCUCUGCCUCCCAAAGGAAGUGGCAGGGAUGGGCUCUAUAUUUUCAUUCCAAAUAAAUUUCUUUCUAAAA